AUGGAUGCUUAUAGUGUGCUAUUGAACGCGCAUUUACUUCUGGCAUCUCCUGUGAACGCUCUAGCGGACAAAUCCGGCUGCGACGCCGUGGAGCUGAGCUGGGCAAGGAACAUUCUAUCAAGCAAAAGCUACUCGGUUGUUGCCGAUGCAUUUGCUGGCGUUAUUUUUGACCUGGGAGAAGUAGCGGAUGAGCAGGGGCUGCUUGCUGCGCUGCAGCUAACGGUGAGGCAGAUGGUUGCCGAGAACCGGGGGAAGUCACUUCUGGUCGCAGUUGCGCUUCUGCAGACAUUUAUACAGAACAACUACACUGGCCCUGUGGUUCCAUUGGACUUUGAGCGGGAUGUGCUGCGCUGUGGGGAAAAGGGUGCUGAUCUCAAACGGUGGUUGGUGACGCUGCUGAGUGUACAAGGGCAGAUUGCAUAUGAGCUCUGCACGAACCCUGCAUACCUGGUACUGGCGCUUCUUUUCUUGGAGGAGCUUACUGGGGCACAAAGCCUGUUCCUGCAAUCCGCUGAGGAUAUUGCUGUACCGUCCAUUUCUGCCGAUGGGACUGCGCCGCUCGAAGCUGUGGCGCAUUGGUGGCGCUUUCGUGCCUUGCUGGUGCAAAUAUCCCUGAUCGCGGAACCUGUCGGUCCGCAACCGCUUAUUGCAUCGUCCCUCCUAGAUUCUAUUGAGCUUGUGCACGCGGUGGUUCGGGGCCUUCCUGUAGACACCCCGGAAACGCUAAAGAGGCAGCUCUAUGUCAUCUAUUAUCUGGAAAACGUCAAGUGUGCAUUAAGCAUUAAUACGGAGCACCUGUGUCUACCUGUGCUCCAGAAGGUGCAGAAGUUGACAGAUUUUCAGUUUGUGCUGACCGGUGCGCGCGCCAAGAGAACCAAGUUUCAGCAAAAGGCACACGCCGGCUUGAUAAUUCUAGCGCGGUCCUCAUCUGCCUCUCUGAAUGAACAGGAAGGUGAUGCGGCCAGUGCCCCUGGGGCCUUGGCCCUGAACUCCGAUCUGCUAUUCGAGAAGCCUCACUUUGAGUCCAUUGGCAACGAGCCUUUAGAAGAACAGCUUAUUAAAAAGCAGAAAUUGGAUGGCACUGCUGGCCUUGAUGAAACAAGGCUACUGCCUGUCGCUCUGCGCCAGGAGGAUAUUCCGAUAGAGCUGCGUGAGGUGGAUCCUAACAACCAGCCAAGACUGAGCGACUACGAUAAUAUUCAGUUACUCCUGCGUCUCUAUGCCAUUAGGCAAACGAGUCCAGCGCGGGACCCGAUUGUAGACGAAGAACUAGCCUCUAUUAUUGGUCGCGUUGUGUAUCAAGAUGGCCAGAAAAACUGGUCUGUCUUUGCCAGAGCCCUCUGGGAGAGGUCUGUCCUUGAGACGACAAAGGCAAAGACAAUUGAGCGUGGUAUCUUGCAGAUGCAGUCGCUAGUGGAAGAACUGGGCCUUAAGAUCCAGCACAGGUACACUCCUGAGUCUGAUGCUGAAGAACUUACUCCCGCCAGCGACCGUAUGAAGUAUAUUCAUCAGCUGCCCUUUCUUCCGCGCUGGGCUCUCGAUAGAGAGUUGGCCGAGAAGUAUAUGUCUAUGGGCAUUUUAAGAUCUGCGGUUGAGAUUUACGAGCGACUUGAGCUACACUGCGAUGCUGCUUUAUGCUAUGCAGCGGUUGGCGAUGAGAAGCAGGCGUCGUUAAUUUUGCAGAAGCGGAUUGAAAAUAACCCCAAUGAUGCUAGGGCAUACUCGAUAUUAGGAGAUAUCAGACAGGAUCCCGCGUUGUGGGAAAAGAGUUGGGAGGUUGGCAAAUACGUGAACGCCAAGAACUCGCUUGGGAAGUUCUAUUACAGUCCACCUGCCAACUCGGGGGUUUCCAGGGAUUUCAACCUUUCCUUAAAACAUCUAAACGACUCUCUGCGGCUCUAUCCUUUAAGUUUUGAUACGUGGUACUUCUAUGGCUGCAUUGGGCUAGAAUGCGGCAAGGUAGACUUGGCCGCGGAGGCCUUUUCACGUUGCGUGGCACUAGAUGAUACCCAUGCUCUCUCCUGGUCUAAUCUCAGCGCUGCAUAUACGGAGCAGGGCAAAAUAAAGGAAGCUCACAGCUGUUUAAAGAGAGCCAUUGCAUCUGAUUCACAGAGAAACUGGAGAAUUUGGGAGAACUACAUGACGGUUUCCGUUAAGUUGCACGAAUGGGAAGAUGUGCUUCUUGCUUGCCGGCAUCUAAUUGAACUCGGAAGAGAUAAAAAGGGUGAGCGCGCAAUAGAUAUGCCGGUUCUCGAGAAACUAUCGGAACUUCUCACGUCUACCGACUAUCCUGGGGAUCCCCAAAUGUUAUCAUACUUUCAGCGUUCGUGCGUUAGCUUGAUCUGCGAGCUCUUGCCGUCAGUCAUAACUUCGUCUGCCAGAUGCUGGCGUAUCGUUGCUCGUGUAGAGCUUUGGCGCAAGAGGCCGUAUGCUGCACUGGAGUGCCACGAAAAGGCAUACAGAUCUAUGGCGCACAAUCCUGACCUCGAAAUCAAUGAGGGUGUAUGGAACAGCACCGUGGAUACCUGCGAAGAACUUGUCGCCGCUUACGAGUCUCUGGGGCCCAUGGAGGGCAAGCAUGGCGCAGGCGACCUUGUAUGCAAGGAUUGGAAGUAUAAAGCCAGAUCUACCAUCAAGUCACUGCUAAACAAAGGUAGGAAUUCCUGGGAGGGUUCAGAAGGCUGGGAAAAGCUCGUGCAGCUUAGAAACAACCUAUAG